CAAUAUUAUUCCACAAGGAUAAUGAGCAUUUUAAUUAUUCUCAUAAUUUCCCCAAAAUGGCACAAUUAUACACUUUCUAUAAAAACAUGAGGAAAGAGAGUAGGGUUUGCAUCAGGGUCUUUUUUUCCCGUAUAGGGUGUGCCAACCUGCAUACGUCACGUUUGCUUCCUUCCUCACAGCCUUUAAACUCGCAAAACAUCUGCUCAAACUCAGGGGAGGGGAUGAGCAUCUGCAAGUAGCAUCUCUUCAGAGGUUAUUUUUGCCAGAUAUUCAGGUCACACUUGUGUCUGGUUGCGGAGGUCAAGUGAUAGCCUCUAGGAGUUUCACUGCAACUUCAGCACCAGCAUGGAGGCCCUCUACUCCCUCAGCUCACCCACAUCCUGCCCCUCAGUGUACGGCUUGGACAACUCCAGCGUUAUCUUGGAGCACUACAACCACACGGGGCGUCUGCAGCACCGGCAGCCACGGAAAAGCGGGUUCAGCACGACCACAGCCAUCUUCCUGGCCAUUAGCAUCUUCAUCGUCCUGGAGAACCUGGUGGUCCUGCUCGCCGUGCUCUUUCGCAUCCGGCUGCGCAGCCGCUGGGUCUACAUCUGCAUCGCCAACAUCAGCCUCAGCGACCUGCUGGCUGGACUCGCGUACGUGGUCAACCUGUGCAUGUCGGGCAGCAGGACCUUUGAGCUGAGCCCAGCGCUCUGGCUGUUCCGCGAGGGGCUCCUGUUUGUGGCCCUGGCUGCAUCCAUCUUCAGCCUGCUGCUGAUUGCCAUGGAGCGCUACACAACCAUGAUGAAGCCCAUGAACCAGAAAUCGGCCAAGAAGACGUGCCGCAUCUACACCAUGGUGGCACUGUGCUGGGUUCUGGCGUUCGCCAUAGGCUUCCUGCCCCUGCUGGGGUGGAAUUGCGUGUGCAACCUGAGCAGCUGCUCCACCCUCCUGCCCCUCUACUCCAAGAGUUACAUUCUCUUCGCCCUCAUCCUCUUCUUCAUCAUGCUGACGGCCAUCGCGUUCCUCUAUGGCGCCAUCUUCCUGCACGUGAGGAACAGCACGGCACUGAGCGCGACGCGGAGUCGCACUCGCUCCAUGCGGCUGCUGAAGACGGUCAUCUCCAUUGUGGGAGUCUUCAGCGUGUGCUGGGGCCCGCUCUUCUUCCUGCUGCUGGUGGACUUUUUCUGCUCGUCCCGAGACUGCAGCCUCCUGUUCAGCUCCGACUGGGUCAUCGCCCUGGCCGUGCUGAACUCCGCCGUGAACCCCCUCAUCUACUCAUUCGGCAGCAUGGAGCUGCGCAAGGCCAUUGCCAGCAUCCUGUGCUGCUGCUGCCUGUGGGCAGGCCUGUGUGACCCCAAGACCUUCAUGUCUAAGGAGACGGCCAGCACCUCAGGGAGCCGACAUGACAGCCUGCGAAACAGCUUCAGCAAGGUGAGGAGUAUGAGCACGAGCCCAACGCCCAAAACCAGAAAGAUGCGCCUCAGCACCACCACCUCUUGCCUGUCUGUGUCAAGUGGUUAGACAGCAGAUAACUGUAAACCACAGGAUACACCUUUCUCAGCUCUCGGCAGCUCCACCCAAGCACGCUGCAAGUUGAGCACUUCUCCAAAGCUGAAGGGUGCAAGCCUUUGCAUUAUUCCACCUGACUGUCUGUUAUUCAUCAAAUGAAAGAGAUCAACGCACAGAGACAACUGCUAACUGUCAGGGGGCACGGAGAUCCGGUGUUUUGAUGCGAUGUUACACUUUGUUUUGAUGCGAACUGUUACACUUGCAACACCUGAAGUGCGUUCAAAUUAGCAAACAAAUGAACAGAUUUUCGCUUGCCCUGAGUUCGCGGCGCACGUUUGCGCUUUGCACACAAACGGUCUGAGGAGGUAGUUCUCGGCGAACAUCCAUGGACGCUGGACUAUUCAGCGGGUUAUUAUUUGAAUCAAACAACUUGAAAUGUUUACACAAAAACGUUCAAAUUUAAAGGUUUAAAUUAAAAUUUGUUGGCCGAGAACAUUCGCCCCUGUUUGCCACAUUUGAACGCACUUCUGAUUUAUUGCCAGUUAUGUCACAGUCACGAUAGUGAAAUCUGUGAUGAACAUGCUUUAAUCAUGCCGUAGUAUUUGCUCAGAAUGUUCUCAUCUUUUAACAUACUUUCACGUAAGCAUUCAAAAUAGCCUAUAAGGCUGGUAUAUCUUUGUAUAUAACAUAAACAUAACAUAGAAGAUAUAUUGUGGUUUUUUUUUCACAUUUGUAUAGCUAUCACAUUAGUAUUAAAUAUGAUUUGAAUGGAAAACUGUGAACUGCAUUUGUACUGCAUCUUGCACAUCAAUAUAUUUUGUGACAUUUUUUCGAAUGGCUCUGUAUGCCUAUUUGUAUUGAAUAUAAUAAAGUUAUUGUGAAUAUUAAAAUAAAGAUGUUUUCAAAUUUA